UUGGAAACAAAAAGUGAGUUAUUUUUUGAUUAUCAUGAUAGGCAGAGUCUAGAAAAUGACGGUUUCCUGAAAUUCCGUCUAAUCUUCUGUAAUGAAGGAAGUUUUAUUGAAUUCCUAGGUCUUGAUGGGUAUUUUCAUUUGUCAGUCUAUUUUCAGUUCAAUAAAUCAGUUUUUUCAGCCCGGAUUUCAUCAUUCAUCAAUCGGAACAAAAAAAUCACAUUUCCAACCAGAAAACAGUCACCAACAUUGUCAUUUACACCAACAUCAAAUCAAUUGUUAAAUAAUUUUUUCUAUGUACUUAUUUUUCUUGAAAUUAUGUUAUUUAUUAUUCUUAUAUAUAAGUUGUAUAAUAAAUACUUCUUUUUUCAUCUUAUGUGUUAAAAAUGGAAAAAUUCCUAGGGCGACGAAAAAAGAAAACAAAACCCAUUUCCGGCGCACAAACACACAUUGCGUAGCUAAACCGUACCUAUUUGUGUAGCUAAACCGAUGUCAUCGGCUGACAUCGGUUCGUCUACGUUUAAGCUACGUACGCAAAUGCUGAGGUUAUUAAUUACCCAAUUAAUUUAAAUUUUUUUUUCAAUAAAAAUAAAUAUUCUUAUUGCGAACAAUUAUUAAUGCUGAAUAAAUCCUACAUUUUCUGCGACUAUUGCCAAAUGUUCUGGAAGAUUUUCAAAAAAAGUUACGAUAUCUUCGACUGCUCUUUCGAAAUAAUAUUUUACACCAUAUUCGAUUUUCUGUGAAACAACUUCUGGUUCUUCAGUCGUUUGUGCAGAACACAAGACAAUUGGGAAAACUAGGAGAAUCAAGAGUCUGGGAAACAUUAAAAUGAAUUUUUAAGAGCCAAAUAUUAUAUUUUAUGCGAUGAUUUUUGCUGGGAAAAUGUAUAACCACAUGUAUUUAUCGUUUUACAUUGUUUUUUGUCAUAAGAAUCGUAUAAUCUAGUCAAAAGAUUGAAUUUAAGCUAACUUUCAAGAAAAAAACAUUCAAAAAAGAGGGAGAAAACACAACGAAAAAAAGAGAGAGUAAAAAAAAGAGAGAAGAAGGCAAGUGCGCUCCAACGCACCCGGCGUUUCUCAUUUUUAAAAAAAAAAUUUUGAAAUCAGUGGUUUUUUCAUUUUCGAAAAGUUUUUAGCGCGGGUUUUUCGGUUUUCCUCGUUUUUUCAUGGCUUUUGAGUUGCGAAAUUCCUUGAAAGUCGAUUUGGUAGCAUGGGAAAUAUGUUUUCUUCUUGGAAUAUUUUGGAUUUCGAGAAAUUUAGGCGAUAAAUUUCGGGAUAAAUUUUCUGUCGAUAAUAAUGAAUAGAAAACUGGUAGUGCAUUUGAAAUUCAAAUUGUAAAUAUUUUAAAAUUUACGUGACGUGUAACAUUUCAAAUAUCUCAUUUUUCAUCAUUUCUGAAAAUAUCGUAAUGAGAAUCUUGUCAAAUGUCGGGCAAUUUUUUAUAUACGAUCUCAGCUCUGAAGAUGAGUUAUGACAAAGUUAAAUUUUAUUCGUGAUUUUUUCCGCGUCAUAACUCAUGUUCAGUUUUGAGCUCAUCAGCUUUUGAGAACGGGAUCACAAGGUUUGAAUGAAUACUUUUUCCUUGCAUUUUUUUUUUCCUUUUUGGUUAUCCCACAAAUUUCCAAUUUUUUUCAGCGCGAAAUGUUUGGGCAGAAUAAACCAUUCGGCUCAUCAACAUUCGGUUCAUCAUCAACCGGUGGCUCGUCACUUUUCGGUAACACACAAAACAACAAACCGAGUAUUUUCGGUCAGCCGACAAAUCAACAAAACACCACAGGCAGUUCGUUGUUCGGCGGAGCGAAUCAGCAAAAACCAGCCGGAUCUUCGUUGUUUGGCGGCGCUGCAAAUCAACAACAACAGCAACAAUCAACAAGUUUGUUCGGUUCGCCGCAAACGCAAAAUUCUGGAGGUGGAGGAUUGUUUGGUAAUAAUUCGAGUGCCAAUAAAACAUCGAUUUUUGGUGCAAGCAAUACAAAUAGUCAGUUUUUUAUUAAAAUAUGUUUUCUAGAGAAAAAAUACUCAAAAUAAUUAUUUCAGCCACCUCGUCCCUCUUUGGUUCCUCUUCAAAUAACAACGCUGGAAACACAGGCGGUGGACUUUUCGGAUCAACAAACACUUCUUCAAACACCGGCUCUUCAAUGUUUGGUGCAUCUCAACAAGUUAGCGGAACUACAAUCAAAUUCGAACCACCAAUCGCUUCGGAUACAAUGGUUCGAAAUGGAAGUACACAAAAUAUUUCGACAAAACAUAUGUGCAUCACUGCAAUGAGCAAAUAUGAAUCGAAAUCGAUUGAAGAAUUGAGAAUUGAGGAUUAUAUGGCAAAUCGAAAAACUGCGGGAACUGGAACAACUACAGGAGGAGGAUUGUUUGGAGCAUCAACAACUACAACAAAUACGGGAGGAGGAGGACUCUUCGGAAACUCUUCGACUCCUCAAAAAUCGAUUUUUGGGCAAUCUACUUCGAAUAACUCGUUUGGCGCUGCUUCAGGCUCUGGAACCCAAACAAAUUCACUUUUUGGUUCUUCGAAUACAAAUAAUACAACUCAAGGAACCUCACUUUUCGGAAACAAACCUGCAACAACUGGUGGACUUUUUGGAACUUCGACAACUUCAACUUUUGGAAAUGCACAACCCCAACAACAGCAGAAUUCGCUGUUUGGAGGUUCGACGACACAAAAUACAGGAGGAGGACUUUUUGGACAAACCGCGCAACCACAACAACAGAAUUCAUUAUUUGGUGGAAAUACAAGUAAUACGACAGGUGGAGGACUUUUUGGAAAUGCAGCUGCUCAACCUGCACAAAAUACUGGAUUCAGUUUUGGAGGAUCAAAUGCAACGGUAGGAAAUUUCUGAAAUUUCUAUCCUGAAAUUUUGUUCAAAAUAUUGAUCUACAUAUUUAAGUUCACCAGGGAAAUAUGAUUCGCAGCUUCGAAAAUCAUAUUUUUCAAUCAGUGAAAAAAUUACUGCAAAAUGAAAAUUAGAAAAAUUUUGCUAAUGUGCAACAUCAUUUUUGAAAGUUGAAAACUGAGCAAUUUCUAUUUCUCAAUAAAAUUAAGAAUUGUUGGUUUUGAUAAUUUAGUUCAGUGUUGAAAAGUUAUAAAAAAUUAAAAAAACAUUCUAUGAAAAUAGUUUUCCCCGAAAACCUCAUUUCAAAACCUAUAUAUUUUCCAGACCAAUGCAUUCGGCCAAUCCACAACCGGCGCAACAACCGGCGGAAUUUUCGGCAACACCCAAAACACAUCAGCCACAGGUUCCAAUCUUUUCGGCGCUAAACCGGCUACUACAAGUUUUGGUGGAUUUGGCACAAAUACAACACAACAAACUGGUGCAUUUGGACAAAAUACUGCAAAUACAAGUGGUGGAUUAUUCGGAAAUAAUGCUGCAAAACCUGGUGGUCUUUUUGGCACAACUCAAACCACGAAUGCUGGAGGAGGACUAUUUGGUGGAACACAAAAUACAACUGGCGGUGGAUUGUUUGGUGGAAAUAACACGGCAACUGGAAACACUUUGGGAUUUGGACAACAACAACAACAAGGUGGACUUUUGGCACAACCAGCGCAACAGGUUUUGGCUCAGCCACAAGUUGCACCAAUUCCAGUGAUUGGAGUGACAGCGGAUGUGUUGCAAAUGCAGGCGAAUAUGAAAUUGUUGCAAUCGCAAUUGGUGAAUGCGCCGUAUGGUGAUUCGACAUUGUUGAAAUAUGUAACAUCGCCGAAAAAUGAGGAAACUGCUGAUGGAUCGUGAGUGGGGUUUUUGGGGGAGAUUUGGUUGAAGAAAAUGGUGACAAUUAGAGAUUUUCAUUGGAAAAUCGUGAUUUUUUAUUUUCAAAUUUUAAAAUCGCUUGAAAAUCGAAGAUUUUCAAUUUUUGUGAUGAAUGUUUUUUAAAAAAUUGAAAUGUCAAUUUUAAAAAUUUCACUGUUUCAGAUUUUUGAAAAGUUUAGUUUUUCGAAAGCUAAAAUUGAUUAUUCAUUGAGAUGUUAUGAAUUCAUUUUUAGAAAAUUUAAUAAGUUUAAAUUACAUUGAGAAAAAAGUUCUAACAAUAGCACUUUCCUUUUUUCAGAGCUCAACGUCAACUUCGUUUCCUGGCCGCCAAAAAAAGCGCUGGUGAAAAAUCCUCUUUCUUAACUGCUCCAAUCAGCAAAGUCAUGUCUGAUUUAUCACCAGCCGCAACAAAAACAACAACUCAAUCGCCGGGAAUUACAAGAGAUUUGAAUUAUACAUCGAGAGAAACACCGCCGACACUUGGAAAAGGAUUGAGAACAACAACAGGAAUAAAUGGAGGAGUUGGAGCAUUGAAUUCGAGUAUUGUUAAUAAGUUAGUUGAAUUAAUCAGUGAGGAAUAUCACGGAAUCUUGAUAUUUCUUUGAAAAUUCUCAAUCUUAAAAAGUUAGCCCAAAUUUUGUGAAUUUCUACCCAAAAAGCAUAAAAAAUUAUUUAUUUCCCCUCAGAUUCCUCCAAAUCUUUCAUUUUUCCUAGAACAAUGGAUUCUGUGCUCGAUGCCUCAUUGAAUGGAUCUACAAAUCGACUCGGAGUUCGAGGAAGUGUCAAAAAGUCGAAUCUCAAACAAUUGGAUAUGUCGGUUUUGGCGGAUUUGUCGAAAUAUUCACAAAAUGGAAGUUUUGCCAAUGAUUCGGAUGCAUUGCCGAUUUUGAGAGAAAAAACGACAAAUGUUCAAAGGUGAGUGGAAAAUCUGGGGUUUUUUCUUAUACACCUCGGCCAAGCAGUGGCUGGCCAGAGUACAAUUUCUUGAAAAAUCUGAAUUUCAGUUUUUAGAGGUCAAAAAUUGAAAAAUCACAUUUUUAGAGGACAAAAACUGAAAAAUUCACAAUUUUUGUAGUGUAAAAAGUUAGCGUACAAUUUUUUAUUGUGGAAACCACGAUUUUGGGCGAGGUGUGUCUAAUAAAAAAAACUGGGAAAAAUAGGUUUCAAAAUAUUUUAAAAUCAAAUAUUGCGUUUUUGAAAAUGAUUCGACUUUUGGAAAAAAUAAUCUGUAAAUUCCAAAUUUUGCAGCCCACAAAGUGAUCCAGUUCAAGCAGUUGUUCAACGUCAACAAGAUCGCGAAAAGCAGCCACCAAUUCUGGAUCUCGAUAAAUCUGUCGAUCAAACAUCGAAUUCGAUCUCAACAACAUCAGUUCUUCAAACAACCCACACAGUUCAACCUCAAAAAUCAGUUGCCGGUGUAAAAUUGACAAAACCCGAUUAUUACACAAUUCCAUCAAUGUCCGAAAUGUCAAAAAUGGUUAAAAAUGGUCGAAUUAUUCUGGAAAAUGGGUUAACAAUUGGUCGAAGUUCGUAUGGAAGUGUUUUUUGGCCUGGAAAAAUUGAACUCUCCGAUGUUUGUUUCGAUGAAAUUGUGAUUUUCCGCCAUCGCGAAGUUACUGUAUAUCCUAAUGAGGAUGAAAAACCAGAACAAGGAGAGGGUUUGAAUAAACCUGCUGAAGUUACUUUGGAACGAAUUUGGUAUACGGAUAAAAAAACGAAAACUGAAGUGAGAGAUGUUGUGAAAUUGGCGGAAAUUGGAUGGAGAGAACAUUUGGAACGGCAGACGAUCCGGAUGGGAGCGGUAUUUAAGGAUUUCCGCGCGGAAACUGGAAGUUGGGUGUUUAGAGUGGAACAUUUCAGCAAAUAUGGAUUGGCUGUGAGUUUUUGGGGGCGGGGGAAAUUUUUACAUAAUAUAAUGAAAAUCAGAUUUCAGUGUAUUUUUCCCAGAAAAAUUAUUGUUUCAAAAAUUUGCUUCAUUUUUUAUCAGAACUAUAAAAGAAUAUUGAAGUUCCAUGACUAUUUUUAGAACUUUUUUUCUGAAAUUCUGGAAAAAUAUAAAUGUUUUUGUCGAAAUAUUUAGUUUCAGAAAACUAUUUUUCUCUUGCCCUAAAAAAUGCCUGUGAAAAAUGAUAAAUAAAAUUCUGGAACAGUAAAUUUUCCGAAAAAAAAUAAUAUUUUUGAACAAAACCUUCGUUUUUUGCAGGAUGACGAAGAGCCAAUGGACAUUGCUCCACCACCAUCCCAACAACCAUCUGCUCCACUUGGUGCCAUCAAUUUGAACACUUCAAUUCACGAUGUUCAAAAUCAGGUUCAACGUCAAAAAGUGACGAAAUCACCAAUUUCUGCUAACAAAUCAUCGAACAAACAAAAAAGAAUGGAACAACACGAGGUCCGUUUCUUCUUAUCAUAAACUAACUUUUUUUGAUUUCCCCGGUUUUUCUGUUGAAUAGUCGAUUCGAAAAUAAACAAGUUUUUCAUUUUGUUUUUGGGUUGAUGUUUGGCAGAAAAAUGGGGGAAGAAUCCGAUUUUACAUCACAAGAAUUAGGAAUCUAGAGGGUUAGCGCGGAGUGUCGUUUGAAAUAAUAUUUCUAAAUCUACCAAAAAAACAACAAGACUCCGUAUUUACACCUCAAAAUCCUAAUAUUUUCAGUAUGCAAUCGAAGUUCGUCGAGUUCCAGCAGCUGAACCACUUUCAGUUGCCACGAAUAUAAUUCAACGAGGACUUGGAGGAGGCGAAAGAAAUGAAUCAGAAAAUGAUUAUUUAGAAAUCAAUGAAACAAGCAUUGAAUAUCAAGAAGAUGGAGAAAGACCUGAAAAAAAGCCGAAAAUCGAAAUAUUAUCAGAUUUAGAAUAUGAAAGUAGUCGAUAUUUGAAAGCUAUGUUAAAUGUCAAAAAUAAGAUGCCAAAUUGUGUUGAUCCAAAAAAUCGAUUUGAUGGUGGAAAAAUUGAGGAAAAAGAUCUUAUUGGAUUUGGAAAAAGUCGAUUUAUUGAUUUGGGAAUUGCUCAUGGUAGAAGUUGUCGAGUUGGAUGGAGUGAAAUGAGUUGGAUGUGUUGCUCAGGACAACCAAAAGAUAAUCAAAUAUUAUUAUGUGAAGUUGAAAGAGGAAUUGAAAUGAAUGAAGAAAUUGUGAGAAAUAUGUUGGAAGCGAAUAUUGAAACAUCGGAAAGUCGAGAAGAAACAUCGAGAAUUGUGUAUUAUCGAGGAAAUGGAGCGAAACAAUUGAUUGAGAAAUAUAUUGGAAUUGCAAAAACGGCGGGAAGAGAAAGGGAAUUGGCGGUAUGGAAAUUGUGUGCCGCAUUGUUUCCGCAAGAAAGAGAAGGUUAGUGAGAUUUGAGAGGGGGGAUGGGGGAAGACGAACAAUUUUGGUUCAGAUAGGAAAAGUUUUGAGUCUCCGAAUCUAUUCAAAAGAAACAAUUUUUAAUUCAAAAAUUAUCAAGAUUUGAUCCUCGGAUUAUUUCAAAUUCAGAAAAAAGAUCUUGCAACGAUCAUCAACCCACGAUUUUUGACAGAAAAUUAAGUUUUGGGACUAUUUUUGACCUAAAAAUGGUUUAAUUCUGGUCUCUUUUGCAGAAGGUUGGCAAUUUGAACGUGGCGAGCAAGUUGGUGAAUGGCUCAAAAAUGAAGCGGCCAAACAUGCUCCGAUUCUACCUGCAAAAUCUACACCAUCCGCUCAGAUUUUCCAUCAAUUAUCGAUUGGAAAUCUCGAGAAAGCAUUUGAAAUUGCGUCGAAAAAUGAUUUUUUGAAUUUGGCAGCUUCUUUAUAUUCGCAUUCAAUUUGUCCCGAAACAACACAAUUCUCAUUCAAACAACAAAUUGAAUUGUGGAAAAAAGAGGAAAGUUUGCAUUUGUUGGAUGCAAAUACACUCAAAUGUUAUCUUUUGUUAUCGGGUGUCUCGUUUUUGAAAUGGUCCCUAAAUGGAAAACAAUUUGAAGUGAAUUGUUUGGCAGAUUUGCAUUGGACACAGGCUUUUGGUUGUCAUGUUUGGUAUUUGAGAAAUUGGAAAGGUUUGGAUGAGGCUUAUCAAGGAUAUUUGGAAGAUGUUAGAGGUUAGAUGAUUUGGGAGGAAUUUUGGGCAUUCAUUUUUUGAGCGAAAUAAAUCCUGGAUUUUUGAAGAAAAUUCCAGAACAUUUAUACCAGUUUUAUCUGAAAAGGUGCAUUUUUUAUGUGAUUUAUCACGGAGAAUUUCAGAAUUGUUUGGUAAACUAACAUUGAAUGUUCAAAAUAGGUUUUAGGUUUUUGAAAUUUGAAACAGUUAAUUUUUUAAAACCUUUUUUUCUCGAAGUUUUUGAUUCUUCUAGUAAAACUUUCAGUUUUUGAAAAAUUUAGGAAUUUUUUGUUUGAAAAAAUCGACUGUUUCGAAAUUUUCUUAUCACAAAAUCUAUUUUGGAUUUACUGUUUGUCGAAUCAAUAGAGAAUCAAAAUUAUUUUCCAUUUUUUCUCAGAAAAAAAAAUUUUGAUUGAUUUUUUAGAGGAAAUUAUUAUGAAGAUCUGCUUAAAAACUCACUGUUUCGAAAUUUUAAUUUUAUGGGCCUAUGCAGAAUAAUAUUUUGUAAUAAAAAAACAUUUUUUUCCUAUGCAGAAAAACGUCGAAAAAACAAAAUAUACAGUUUAUUAUUUUGAGUAGAGACAACGUGAAGUUGAGAGAGUGCAGAGAAAAAACCAUUUUAUGUCCGCGCUCUCUCAAUUUCACGUUGUCUUUAUUUUGUUUUUUCGACGUUUUUCUGCAUAGGAAAAAAAUGUUUUUUUUAUGUUUUUUUAUUACAAAAUAUUAUUCUGCAUAGGCCCAUAAAAAAAAUCACAUGAUUCUCAUUUUUCCAGAUAAACGUGCUGCUUCAAAUCGCGGUGAUUUGUUAGGUGAAUUGCUCAAAUUAUGCUGUGAACCACAACAUUCAAUGGAAAUUGUUUUGGAUUCGGCCAGCCAAUUCUCGUCAAAUUCUUUGCCCCAUGAUUACAGCCUAAUUUGGCAUGUUUGGAGUGUUUUGAGAAGUGUUGGAUAUCGAACUAUGGAAAAAUCGGCAGAAACGAGAAUGACACGAUGUUAUGCAGCACAAUUGGAGAAGAAUUUGAGAUUGGCAAAGUUUGCUGUUUUUGUUCUGCAACAUUUGGAAAAUAAUGAAGAGUGGGUUUUUUGGAUGGCGAAUUUGGAGUCAAAAAUUCAAUGAAUUAUCUCCGUUUUUUAUUGAGCUUUCACAAUAAUAAUUUUCAAUUUUUUACAGACGCGAAACAUCGAUUCGAUCACUUUUGGAAAGAAUUUCCAAUUUCCAAGAUUUGCCACUUUUUGAUGUGAUUUCGAGAGAUUUUGAUGUGUCGAAAAAAUGGAUUGCUGAUGCACAAUUUGUAUUUGCCAAGGUAGUUUAGAAAUCCCUCGAAAAAGGUCUAAAAUCCCAAAUGUUUUGCAGAACAAAGGCAACAUUAGCGAAUUGUUCGAACUUGCCAUCAAAUCCGAAAAUCUGCCAGAAAUUCAAAAACUAUUUGUCGAAGAAAUCGCUCCAAAUGCAGUUGUCUCAAGUGAUUUGGACACCCUUCGAAUUGCAUGUAAAAUGCUCGAAAAUUUGGAGCCAAAAAUUGUGGAAUGGGGAGCGAAUGGACGCAUUUUUGUGGAUUAUUGUAAUUUGAUGGAUUUGAUUGCGAAUGAAGAAGAUUGUGGUGAACAAUUGGAAGAAGUAUUGGCAAAUAUUGAGGAUCGAUUACAUGCUCCUAAUUUUAAGAAUACUGUUCAAAAGUGAGCGAUUUAUGAGGGAAAUUAGCUCUAGAGCUUGCAAAUUUGAAAUUUAGUAUUGAAAAUCCAGUUCUGACUCGAUUUUUUGAUGUUGAAAAGUAAAUAGGGAAAAUGCGGUUAUCUGGGCCUUGAAGCGAUUUUCAUCGCCCUGAAAAAAUUAAAUUAUUUUUCUUAUCUGAUAUUCAUAAACAAUUACGUGAAUUUAUCACAUUUUAAAUUCCUUCGAAAAAUACGUUUCGAAAAUUCGAUAAAUUUGAGAUUUUUUCGAUUGAUUUUGAUCAAUGAGGGUCGCCUUUAGAAUCGCUUGGUAAUCAGGAAAAUAUAUUUGUCAUGAUUAUUUAUUUGGAUUCUGUACCGAUUUUUGAUCAAAAAAUGAAAUUUUGGAAACUGAAAUUUAUAUUAAUAAUAAUUUCAGAAAAUAUACAGAAUUUUAGCCGUUUCAAAUUUUAACCCAAAAUUUUAAAUUGUUCAGACUUGCUCUCCAAUCAAUUGUCCGUGAACUUUUCGAAUAUCGUCAACAUCAACAACUUGGAAACGAGCUCGAAUGGAUCAAAAUGCUCGGAAAUCGACAAUUACACAAGAUUUUCCGAGAUACACAAUUGUUACAAAUCGAUCGAUAUACUAUUGAAUAUGAUUGA